GCUUUCUCAUGCAUGAUCAUGCCCGCCGAUCGCCCGUGGCUGGUUCUUUUUCCGAUAUGAUCCUGUACUGAGGUCCGCAUCAUGACAGGUGAAUGAGCGAUAUUGAUGAUGGAAGGCAAAAAGCCUCGCGCUAACUCGACCGUCAUCAUGCCGCAAAAACGGAAACUCCCGAUUAGGAUAGAAUUCAGGAUGGCGGUGGAUGUAUCCAAUUAAGGUGUUUCAUUUGACGACGACAACAACAACAACACAAGGGUGCAUUCUACGCGCUCUAAUGCCCAUGCUCUCUGCUAUGCAUGCAUGGACAUUGACACGAUCCUCGUCACCACCUCCCUGCCAACCACCGUUCUCAAUUCUCAUUGUCUAUCGCCAACCACCCACGUCGUGGUUGCCGUGCUCGCCUCCAGAUCGGCUGACAUCUCGCAUCUGAUAGAUGCCAACCUUCGCUUCUUCAUUAUAGUUUCCUGAACCCGGUUUAUUCCCGCAUUGUCGCUCGCCUGGCGCCCAUGAUGCUACAGGGAACUUGCCGGUUCGGG